CAGAAGGACAGAAUCACAUGCUCACCUCUCGCACAGCACGCAGCUCAUCAGCUCUGAUCUCAUCUCUAUAAAGAGCAAGUAUGUGUGUGUGUUUAGGUGUGUGUGGGUGUGUACAUGUGUGAGUGUGUGUGUGUGUUUUUGUGGGUGUGUGUGCAUGAGAGAGAGAGAGAGAGAGUGUGUGUGAGUCUGUGUCUGUGUGUGAGCACCCAGUUGGACUAAUACAGAACGUGUGGAUUUAAGAGAUUCAGCAGUGAGUGCUAAUCAACCUGUGAGGGUGUGAGAGGCUCUUGCAUCAGAACAAGAGGAGGAAGAAGAUGAUUCGAUGGGAUUGAUUAAAGCUCAGUAAGUUCAGAGUGGCCUAAAGGUCAUGGGGUCGAUGACACUCGGGAAAGCAGCGCCGCUGGAGCUGCUGUUAGAUGCCUGCAUCGCUGCGUUUGACGAUGAAGGAAGGCUAAAUGGGAAUCACUUUCCCAGAACUUUCCUGCUAAUGCAUCGAUGGUACGUCUCAUCAACAGAGUUGGCGGGAAAACUCCUCAUCAUGUAUCGGGACUGCACAGGAGAUGAGAGCGAGCAAACGAGGCUAAAGAUCUGCUAUUUAAUGAGGUACUGGAUUGUCGAGUUCCCUGCUGAGUUUGAUCUGGAUCUGGGUCUGAUCCGACUGACGGAGGAGUUUAGAGACGUAGCGGCGCAGCUGGGCUGUGACCAACACCUCCGACUGCUUGAUAUCUCCACCAUCCCAUCAUACGACUGGAUGAGGAAGUUGACACAGAGGAAGAAGCAGGUGAAGAAAGGCAAAGCGUCGCUGCUGUUCGAUCACCUGGAGCCCAUGGAGCUGGCCGAGCACCUCACCUUCCUGGAGUACAAAUCCAUCCGCAGGAUAUCAUUCCCAGACUAUCAAAGCUAUGUGGUGAAUAACAGUGUGAUGGAGAACCCUACACUGGAACGUUCUAUCGCUCUGUUUAAUGGCGUGUCCCAGUGGGUUCAGCUGAUGGUCCUCAGUAAACUCACACCACAGCACAGAGCCGACGUCAUCAGCAAGUUCAUCCAUGUGGCCCAGAAACUUCUCCACUUGCAGAACUUCAACACACUUAUGGCGGUGGUUGGGGGUUUGAGUCACAGCUCCAUCUCACGCCUGAAAGAAACUCAUGCACACCUCAGCGCUGAUGUCACCAAGAUCUGGAGUGAGAUGACAGAUCUGGUGUCGUCAAAGGGGAACUACAAUGCCUACCGUAAAGCCUACAGCGAGUGCGAGGGGUUUAAGAUCCCCAUCCUGGGUGUGCACCUGAAGGACCUGAUCGCUGUGCAUGUGAUUUUUCCUGACUGGAUUGACCAGAGCAAACUCAACCUGGUGAAAAUGCAGCAUCUUUACAUCACCUUUAAAGAGCUGAUGGCGUUACAGAGCUCAGCGGCUCACGUCGAGCCCAACAUGGACCUCAUCUACCUGCUGGCUCUUUCACUAGAUCUCUACUACACUGAAGACGAAAUUUAUGAGCUGUCUUUACUACGAGAGCCACGAAACACCAAAUCCGUGCCUACAUCUCCAACGACGCCGAAUAAAACUCACGCUCCUCUGGACUGGGCUGCAGGAGUGACGACGAAACCUGAUCCUUCUGUCAUCAACAAACACAUCCGCAAAGUGGUGGAUUCUGUGUUCCGUAACUACGAUCACGAUCAUGAUGGCUACAUUUCACAGGAGGACUUCGAGAGCAUAGCGGCUAAUUUUCCCUUCCUGGAUUCUUUCUGUGUGCUGGAUAAAGACCAAGACGGGUUGAUCAGUAAGGAUGAGAUGAUGGCGUAUUUCCUGCGUGCUAAUCCUGUACUUCAGUGUAAAAUGGGGCCGGGCUUCAUCCAUAACUUCCAGGAGAUGACGUACCUGAGGCCCACCUUCUGUGAGCACUGCGCUGGAUUUCUCUGGGGGAUUAUUAAACAGGGCUACAAGUGCAAAGAUUGUGGAGUUAAUUGUCAUAAACAGUGUCGUGAGUUGUUGGUGUUAGCGUGUCGGAGACUUCCGCGCUCCACCUCUCUCUGCAGCGUCUCCCCCGGAGCGCACAGCUCGUUACCCAGCAGCCCCACGCUGCCCACCUCUAAAGAUGAAGACGAGGUGUUUGAGUUUCCCGCCGUCUCGCCUUCCGGUUCUCAUUUAGAACCCAAAUCCAUCACUCUGAUGACGGGUUCUGCUCAGAGGAUCUCCGUUCGCUUCCAGAGAGCCACGACGAGUCAGGCCACUCAGACCGAUCCUCUGUGGCCCGAGAACGCCUGGAGCGAGUCCGGCUCCGGAUCGCACACUUUCCCCAAGAUGAGGUACAGGCCACAUCGCAAGAACUCUAAAAACAAAGGCUUCGCUCGCUGGGAGAACGAGACGAGCGGCCACGAGAGGAGGGAAUCGCACAAGCAACUGGAGGAGGAGGAAAGGAACGGAGUCGCGCCGUUGCAUCACCAUUACACUCAGGAUGCCAAGAUCAGCUGACUUGGCGGCUCAGAGAGCCAGACCAGGACGCGGGGGAGAUCUUCAGCUCUGCGGCCCAGAAUGCUCACCUCUCUGGGGGAGGUGUUGGGGUGCUUCAGGCCCCCCGAGUGACCCCGAAAUGCAGGAGACGAUCGAAGAAAGAGACGCCACAGCUGCUGCAUAACAGGAGUCUGAAACAAGACUGAAGCUGAAGCUGUGGAGGACAUUGAAUAACAUUUCACAAUCUAGUGAUAUUUUUCUAAGGAGGACUUCAUCACCAUCAUCAUCAUCAUCAUUUACUUUAGGUGUAAAGCUGAAACAGUCGAUUGGAGGCAGAGAUGUGGAUCUCGUGGAGGAGCGUUCAGGGGACGGUUCAUUUUGGACCUUUUUAACGUGUCACUGAUGUUUUUGUCAGAAAAGUGUUUUUUUAUGCAGGAGUGGACAAAUCAUAUGUUCAUUAGCAUUUGGGGCAGGCGAGGGAAAGCAUAAAGGUCUACAGAGUGUAAAUACAUUUACGCUAAUGUAAGUAUGACUCGCUAAUUGGAUAAUUAAUACACACGAAGAAAAAUGAAGGAGUAGUUCCAGGGACAGGAGCAAAGGAAGUAAGACAGAGUGAGGCAAGCUGAUAAGAUUCAGUGGUCAGAGGAAGAGCGUCAUGUAGCAAGGGUCACAGUCAGGGUCACAGGGUCAGGGUCAGGAGGUGAUAAAUUAGUCUUGGAGAAGGUAUGGACCAAACAAGAAAAACACGACUAGUUCUGAGUUUAGCGUGGUCGCCUUGCACCUCCAGAGUCAAGGUCUGGAUUCCCGCCUCGGGUCUGUGUGGGGAGGUGGCAUGUUCUCCCCGUGCUUGAGGGGGUUCCUCCCACAGCCCAAAGACAUGCACAUUAGGCUAAAAUUAGUUUCUAAUUUGCCCAUAAUGUGUAAGUGUGUUAGUGAUUGUUUGCCCGGGAAUGGAUUGGCAUCCUUGUGCCCAGAGUACCCUGUGAUAAGCUGUGUGUGUGUGUGUGUGUGAGAGAGAGAGAGAGAGAGAGAGAGAAAGUAGUUAUGAAGGAAACAGCAUCUGUUAAUACACAGUGUUAUAUUCUGUGUCCUGAUUGGCCAGAAGGCGUUGAUUAAUUUCUGGAACUUUUAUUGUACAAAGUGCUGUACAGACGUAUCUAAAAAAAUUACAUGAAAUAUAAUAAUAAUUACAAAAACUAAAACAAACAAACCAGACAGAAAUAUAAAAAUAUAAUAAAUAAAUGUAAAAACUAAAAAGGAGGAUCUUCUAUAAGUUUUCAGUAAAGGAGUCUCCAGUGUGAGCGCCGUGUGGGAGUCAGAGCUAAUGCGCUAAUGCUAAGUCUGUAGAACAGAAUGUUGAGGACGCUUCUUUGCAUUGAGCGGAGCUCCAGCAGAAACUCAUUCAGAGUGAAAGUAAUUGUACUUGUUUUUUAGUUGCUGUGUGGAAUAAAACACUGGGGGACGUUCUGUUAGAGGAAAAUAAUUAGCGUCAGAGUGAUAUUAAUAACUCUGCUUCAUCACACCUUUUACACUGUGGUGUAAAAUUCCGUUUAUAUAAAAAGUGUUUUUGUAAAGAUGUAACCCCAGAUGCACCCUCUGCUUGUCCCGAGUAUCUGGACUGCUGAUUUGUCCACUCCUGUUCUUGUUAUUAUUAUUAUUAUUAUUAUUGUCUAAAAUUUGCUUCUUUAGUUUUGCACUGAAGCUACGAUGCUAGCAAGGAACAAUGUGCUAAUCCGGAAAAACGAUUUUAUUAUUUUUUUUAAUCCUUUGCUGUGUGUGUGUGUGUGUGUGUGUGUGUGGAUCUUACUUAAAGAAGAAAACUGAAGUGAUGUAGGUUUAAACAUCGGCUGAAAACACUACAUGAGGAUUUGGUGAAUGAGAAAGUCAGAUGAAUGUUUAACAGAUUUUUAAAGUCCAUGCUAGUUUAUACUAGGGUUCAGGAAGUUGUAACGGUAUGCUAUAUAUAUAUAUAUAUAUAUUAAUAUAGUUAUUGCAAUUUAAUUAUUUUUGUAAUUAAUUGAGAGAGAGACAGAGAAAGAGAGAUGAAGAGUGGCCUGAGAGAGAGAGAGAGAGAGAGAGAGUUUUAUAAGGAUUAUGACGUCACCCAGCAGGUAAAGGAGUGGAUAACACUAACAAUGUUUGAGCAGGAUCUCAUUACAGACUCGAGAGGAAGGUACGCCACAUGCUAUUAUUCAGAGGAGCUGAUGAACAGAUCUACAGAUACAUAAUUAAAGAGAUAUGGACAUUUUAAUAAAUGUAGUUUCUUUAUUAAAGUUAAUACAGUUCAUUAUGACUCAGUGAUUCUUUUAUUUAAAUAUGGUAUUUAAAAAUAUGUAUAGACUUGUGUAAUCUAUUUCGAAAGCGUGUGUUAUUUUUUAUGGUAUAUUAACAAUAAAUAAAUGAAUAAAAAUUGUAGAAAUCUCAGCAUAAUGAAGAAAACAGAAAAAUAUUAUAACGUGUGUGUGCGUACACACAGUGGGGUAAAGAAG